UACAUGAAAUGUCGGAUCAUAAUGCAAAUAAAAUAUUAAAAGCAGCAAUACAUAAUGAUUUAGAAUUUAUAAAAAAUUUAAAACAAUUUUGUCCAGAUUUUCAUUGGCAAAAUAUAAGACAAUUAAAAUCCGAAGAAACAGCAUUGCAUUAUGCGUGUGAUGGUGGGUAUUAUGAUCUGGUACGAUAUUUAUUAACAUAUUUCGAACCACGUACGGUCAAUGUACAAACAUCCAAUUUAAAAACACCUUUACAUUGUGCUGCCCAAUUUUGUCAUUAUAAUGUUGUCCAAUUAUUAAUUGAUUUUGGAGCUGAUGUGAAUGCUCUAAAAAAUGGCGAUUGGACACCGGUCAUGUUGGCAUGUAUGAAAACUGGAGAAAAUGCUUUCAGAACGAUUGAUAUAUUAGUUCGAAAUAAGGCGAAUCUAACGCAUAAAAAUUACGAAGGGUGGACAGCUUUUAUGUUAGCUUGUAGAGAAGGAGAUUUACAAAUUGUUAAAUAUUUAGCUGACGCUAAUCCUUACCCAAUUGCUACGGCAAAUCGUAAAAAACGCUACCCAAUACAUAUCGCUUGUUUACACGGCCAUUUAAAAAUUGUAGAAGAGAUUUUAAAUCGACAUGAUAGCGAUCGCUACGAGAAUAUUCUCGAAGUAAAAGAUAGUAGUGGCCAUUUACCAUUUCAUGAUGCCGUUUUAAGUGGUGAUACGCAGCUGGUACAAUAUUUAAUUAGCUGUAAAGGUGCGGAUCCAACUGCUACAAAUAAUGAAGGUUGGAAUGCAUUACAUUUAGCGGCGGGUGCUGGUCUAAACGAAAUGGUGGAAUAUUUAAUAACUGAUUUAAAAUUUGAUCCAAAUUCAUUGACGACUGAUAAAAAAGAGAUUACACCGUUACAUUGUGCAGCACAUUCAGGGUGUCAAAGUACCAUGGAACUUUUGGAACGUUUAAAUGCAGAUCCAACAUUAUGUGAUUGGAAAAGUCGAACACCUAAAGAGCUUUAUCAAAAUAGUAUACAUUUAAAAAAGUGAAUUUUCCUUGACUUUCUUUGUAUAAUAUGUUCUUAUUUAUUAAAUUUUUUUUAAAUAUUUUAUAAAGCUA